AAACUGAAGAGCGGAUGGGUUGAGUCGGCGGCGUUUUGCGAGUGUCGGCUUGACCGCAAUUAAACUACAGGAUUUGAUGUAUCAUAAACACGAUAUGAGCGUCCAGCUAAUUGACUCACCAAAAAGCUGUUACAUUUGUAGCUAUUACUAUUAAGACAAUGCUACAUUGCUGACUUCUCUGUUUUGUUGCGGAGUUCCCAACCACGUAAACUUCAUCCGUGACAGUUAAAUUCAAACAGUUGUCAGUCAUCGGAUCCAGAAUUUAACCGGGUGAGCAUCUGCAUCAUGUCAGUUAUGUUGGUAAUGCCAAUAUUGCCCUCAAUGUCUCGUAGUUGGCAAACCAGCAGGAAUAUAGCUUAUUUAGGGACGCUUCUUGGCUGUAAAUUAGCUGUAAAUUAGCUGAGUAGCCAUAGGUAGCUAAGCUAGCUAGCUAGCUAGCAAAUUAGCUCUGGUGAUCCAGGCUGCAAUGACAAUCGCGCUAACGUUACUGUAAUUUAGCAGCACUGCCAGCAUAUGAUAUGUGUUUUGUCUGUAAUUAUAUUCAGUAGAUUGGAGUCUUGUAUUUAUUUGUAAGUGUUGAGUAGCUCACCAUGAUCAUAAUCACUUAUACAAUGUUUUGAUUAUGCUAUUUUUAUAUUGGUUGCAGCUCUAUUACUGGUCAUUUUGUUGCAGAUGUUUCAAAUGUUAUUAUACACAUAAUAGCCUACUAUAAUAGCAUACAAAUAAACCAUACCAUAUUGUCAUAGGCUAAAUACACAAAGGGGACUUUCUAUGGUGGUGACACACAUGACAAUGACAUGUACUUUGAGCCUGAGGCAAUAGCACUGCUAUCUUGAUGGACAUAGGUCAAUGAAGAGACUAAAAAAGAGUGGAGGUUGCUCUCAUUAUUCCCCUGCACAAGAAAUGGCGAAUGCAAAAGCAUUUGUAAUUUUGUCAUUUUAAUGUGUGGGUUUUAAAACGGUCUACUUACACAGUGAAAAAAUAAAAACUUCCGACAGUUACCCCUAUAAAUUGCAGAAACACCCUACUAGACAUUGAAAGGGGCUUGUAUGUGUAGUCUCCAUCAUGUCAACCUGGUGAUGUACUGCCUAUGACCCAUGCUCUUAUCCACAGAAUGGAGGCAGAUAAUUGCCCUGCUGGAAACAAGGAGAAACAAACAAUUUCCUCACCUUCAGCUCAACAGGAGAACACUGCUUGUGGUGGACCUGCUGUAGGUGAGCCAGACAGCCAAAGCCAGUCCUCUAGAGCUGCUUCCAAGGCUUCCUACCCUGAAUCGGAGGACCUGGACUCCUUUAACCUGAUAGAGCCCCCUCCUCUGGACUGGAGGUCAGAUGACUCUAGUGAAGCAGGUUCAGUGGAAGAGAUGGAUGACCCCAGCUUCCCUCCCUCCUCGGUGCCUGUGGACAGUUCAGAGGACGGACUAGGUGAGUCCCUGCCUCCAAAGGACAGACUAGGUGAGACCCUAUCUGCAGGGGACGAACUAGGUGACUCCCUACCCCCCUUGGACAACAGUGACACUGCAGCUUAUUCUGUGGUAGUUAGCCAGGAGGAGCUAAUCGACUAUGCUGCUGAGGAUAACACCGCAACCGAACAGGUUCUGGAUCCUAGCGAAGAGGGAGGAGAGGUGGGGGAUGAGGUGGAGGAGAAGGUUGAGAUCAGGAGACCAGGUGACGAAGACCACACUCGGAUCCACCACCUGCUAAACCGACUCCAGGUCAUCAGAGAAAGCCCUCUCCCCGGGGACUCAACCUCUGACCCUACACCAUCAGCAUUCUCUGAGACCUCUGAAUUUGAGCCUCCGGGCCAAUCUCGGUUGACGGACAUCAGCUCAUUGCUACCAGACCCAGAGCAGAACCCGAAACAGGCCUCGGGGCUGCUUUUCUCAGAGAGUCACCAGAGAGACCUAUUAGGGCUGCUGAAGUGUACAGAGAUAGGGGCUCCCCAGCCCAGUUCAUCUGACAUCCAGGUUCCUCCUCACAUGGCCCGGAGAGGGGAGAUGGACGCGGUGGUGUCGGUCUCCUACAACCAGGAGGAUGGCGAAAGGUUCUGGGACCACUUUGGGAACGGCGAGCGGCUGCGACACAGGGAUGACUCCGUGGACUCUUUCCCGGAGGACGAGGUCCCAGAGCCCGUAUGGAUGAAGUUAGGGGAGGAGGCUCCGGAGGAGGUAGACUCCGCAGAGAACAGUCAGCGGGUAAGUUUCACAUGCUAAAAUAUGGUUAUCAAUGAUUAAUGGUGGUGUUAUUAGUGUGUCUUAUUUUGCUGAUGAUUGGUUCUAAUGAGCUGUGUCUUUCACUUUGUUCAAUAAUCAUUGACCUCUUCACUUACAGGGCACAGAGGACCGCCCAGCCUAUAAAGAUGGUAAUCUCAAUUUAGGCUGUAUGUAAAACUUCUGCUUCUUUCAUUGGACUAAAUAAUAAUAGUAAUACGUUUCUGUCAGUGCCUGGCCCCUGUGACCCAGAUGACCUCCUGGAUGGGGUUAUAUUUGGGGCCAAGUACCUGGGCUCUACCCAGCUCAAGUCUGACAAGAACCCGUCCACCAUUGCUCGAAUGAAACAGGCCCAGGAGGCUGUGGAUAGGAUCAAAGUGAGUUUGCAUUUUACAUUGUAGUCAUUUAGGAUUAUUUAAGAUUCUAUUUGAAGAGGUAGGUUUUCAGAUGUUAUGGAAGAUGGACUGGGACUGUACUGACAUUAGGGGGAAGCUUGUUCCAUCCUUGGGAUGCCAGGACAGAGAAGAGCUUUGACUGGGAUAAGCGCGUAACUGGCCUCUCGUAAGAAUGGGAGGGCCAAUAGACCAGAGGUGGCAGAAUGGCUCAGACCAUUCUGCUAAAAAGGGGUGAUCUGCUUUAGAUUGUAUCAUCAAAAGGUUUGCUCUUGUCUUUCUCCAGGCCCCAGAGGGAGAGUCUCAGCCUAUGACCGAGGUGGAUCUCUUCAUCUCCACUCAGCGCAUCAAAGUCCUCAGCACAGACACACAGGUAGGUAACUGCUACAAUUGACACAAUCAGCCGUGCAUGACAUGGUUUGAAUGGAUGACAAAGUAGUUGAAGGUCAUUCCUUGAAUAGCAGUGUCUCUAAUUUAAGUCAAACUCGUCCUGUACAGUUGAAUAGUAAAGAGAUUCAAAGUGGGUCAGUUUGUGUCAGCUUGCUCCCUUCUGCAUGGCUGGCUGCUUCUAGAUAUAUAGUGGGUGCUGUUAGGCUGUGUUCACAAAGGCAGCCCAAUUCUAGUAUUUUUUCCACUAAUUGGUAUUUUGACCAAUUACAUCAGAUAUUUUCAUAUCAGAUCUUUUUCAGAGCUGAUCUGAUUGGACAAAAGACUGAUAAGUGAAAACAUAUAUCAGAAUUGGGCUGCCUGUGUAAAUGUAGCCUUAGACUAACCUGGCCCUCUUUGUUGUUAGACCUAGUGGGAAUGGGUCCAUCAUGGAUUUUUUUCACAUUCAUUUACAAAAAUCAUUGCCUCUGUACCAUUCAAGUGUUAGUUAACUUACAUGAAAGUGUUAGUACAUGUUUCCACACAUUCAUCCCUCCUGUUCCUCCUGUUCCACCUAUAGGAGACCAUGAUGGACCACCCUCUCCAGAUGAUCUCCUACAUCGCAGACAUCGGCAGCAUCGUGGUCCUGAUGGCCCGCAGGAAGCCGGCCGGGGGGCGUAAGGGCCAGGAGGGGAACCCUGCUGGGGCCAACUCCCCCAGGCCACAGAAAAAGUGCUGCAUGAUCUGCCAUGUGUUCAACUCUGACGAUGUGAGUCAGCCAAGCAGAAACCAUACAACAUUAUGUCCAAUUGGUUUUCUGUGUUUUUUGUUUUGUUGUUGAAAAUAAUCAGAUUGGGUUGAACUGUUUUUUUUAUUGUUAUUUUUUUUAUUCCCAGUGCCUGUCUUUUUCUACAGUACUUGAGCCAACAGUACUUGCCAAAGCAACUAGGUAGCCCAGCUUUGUUGAUUACAGAAACAAACAGCCUGGCACCAAGGUGACUUUUACAUGCCAGGAGUUGCUAAACAGGAGGAAAUUAGCAGUUCAUUACUGUUACAGUUAGGUUAAGGUUUGGGAUAGAUUAUGGUUAGGGUUAAUAUUAGGAUUGAGGUAAACCAUUGAAAACAAUCGGCCAUAUCUUGAUGGUUAGCCACAGCCUAUUUUGACUACUUGAAAUGCUCUGUGAGAUUAUGAGGAGGAACAGGAUUGCCAUACUGUUGUAUGAAAAGGAUUAUCAUACUCUUACCUGCCAGGCUGGGACAUGUUUGAACAUGCCCACUGACUCACUGUGUCUCCUGCAUGCAGGCCCAAGUGAUUGCUCAGGCGAUUGGCCAGGCCUUUGGUGUGGCCUACCAGCAGUUCCUCCACGCCAACGGCAUCAAGGCCAGUGAGCUGAGGCCCAGCGAGUACAGUGACUACCUGGGGACACAGGAGCACUACAAUGGAGACCUGGUGCACUUCUCGGAUUCAGAUAACAUCAGAGAGGUACAGAAACCCCUCAGCAUUUCAGCACCAUGUUGUUAUUACCAGCCAGGGUUUCCUUUUGAGUGUAGGCCUACAAACGCAGUAUUCCUCCUACCUUUAGCCUAGAUAAGCGUCUGUUUUUACUUUUGAUCGAAAAAACAUUUUGAAACGGAGUGAGGUACUACCUGAACUUUUCCAAUAAGAACGUCAUUUUUUUGUUUUCAAUUGCAAAAUGUUUUGCUACGGCGUUUCCCUACUGAACACCACCCAUGAAAUCCCUCUUUCUCUUAAACCAUCUCCCUACUGUCUGUGUCCAGGUGUCCAUCUCCAAGGCUCCCGGGGAGAUAGUGGGGGUGGCUGUGGUAGAGUCGGGCUGGGGCUCUAUCCUGCCCACGGUGGUGGUGGCCAACCUGCUCCACGGUGCUCCUGCAGAACGCUGCGGGGCCCUCAGCAUAGGAGACCGCAUCAUGUCAGUCAAUGGCACUAGCCUGGUGGGCCUCCCCAUAGCCACCUGCCAGAGUAUAAUACGGGUAAGAGUGUCUGUGCCUGUUUAAUUUGUUCCUGUGAGCUGUCUCACAGGGAUGUAGCUCAGUUGGUAGAGCAUGGCGUUUGCAACGCCAGGGUUGUGGGUUCGAUUCCCACGGGGGGCCAGUAUGAAAUAUAAAUACAAAUACAAAUAAUAAUAAUAAUAAUGUAUGCACUCACUAACUGUAAGUCGCUCUGGAUAAGAGCGUCUGCUAAAUGACUAAAAUGUAAAUGUAAACGUCUCGGUUGUGUAGUUCCUAGAAUGUACACUAGAUGGUUCUGUAUUGCUGAAGUCAUAGAGAUUGAUGCGGGUGAUAUGUAGAGAGGGAGAAUAAUUGGUAGAAAUGGUUGCUUUCCAGGUAUGAUUUCGGCAUGAGGUUGGACCUGAUGGCAGGUUGUUGCAUUUUGUCACCUAAUGUUGUUUUGUUAAAUGUAUUCCAUGCACAUGCAGGGACACUCACACAAUACUCCUGUCAUUCUGUGAAUGUCUUUCAUUAUCUAAGAAGCACAGAAUGCAGUUAGUGAACAGAUACUUUAAGGUGACAUAGACAUUUAUGGUUGCAGACAUUUACUGUAUGUUUGCAGACAUCUCUCCAGUAUUUGUAUGAUGUAUUUUCCACUUUUGUUUUUGUAAAAGGAUUUAAAAAAACAAGCAGAGGUGAAGCUCAGUAUCGUCCACUGCCCUCCCGUCACCAUGGCAAUUAUCAAGCGACCGGACCCAACAUUUCAGUUGGGCUUCAGUGUGGAGGACGGGAUUGUAAGUGACAGUUGCUUUAUUAUUUUACUCUACAAACUUGUAUGGAUACAACUGCCAGACAGAAUCCCCAAAUAGGAUCCAACAUUCUGUCACAACUUCCUCCGAAGCUGCCUCCACUCCUUGUUCGGGCAGGCUUCGGCGUUCGUCGUCACCGGCCUACUAGCCACAGCCGCUCCAUAUCUCAGCAUUCCAUUUGUCUUGUCUUGUCAAUUUCACACACCUGGUUCAUAUCCUUUCAUUAGUACAUGUACAGUGAGGGAAAAAAAGUAUUUGAUCCCCUGCUGAUUUUGUACGUUUGCCCACUGACAUAGACAUGAUCAGUCUAUAAUUUUAAUGGUAGGUUUAUUUGAACAGUGAGAGACAGAAUAACAACAACAAAAAUCCAGAAAAACGCAUGUCAAAAAUGUUAUAAAUUGAUUUGCAUUUUAAUGAGGGAAAUAAGUAUUUGACCCCUCUGCAAAACAUAACUUAGUACUUGGUGGCAAAACCCUUGUUGGCAAUCAGAGGUCAGACGUUUCUUCUAGUUGGCCACCAGGUUUGCACACAUCUCAGGAGGGAUUUUGUCCCAAUCCUCUUUGCAGAUCUUCUUCAAGUCAUUAAGGUUUCGAGGCUGACGUUUGGCAACUCGAACCUUCAACUCCCUCCACAGAUUUUCUAUGGGAUUAAGGUCUGGAGACUGGCUAGGCCACUCCAGGACCUUAAUGUGCUUCUUCUUGAGCCACUCCUUUGUUGCCUUGGCCGUGUGUUUUGGGUCAUUGUCAUGCUAGAAUACCCAUCCACGACCGAUUUUCAAUGCCCUGGCUGAGGGAAGGAGGUUCUCACCCAAGAUUUGACGGUACAUGGCCCCGUCCAUCGUCCCUUUGAUGCGGUGAAGUUGUCCUGUCCCCUUAGCAGAAAAACACCCCCAAAGCAUAAUGUUUCCACCUCCAUGUUUGACGGUGGGGAUGGUGUUCUUGGGGUCAUAGGCAGCAUUCCUCCUCCUCCGAACACGGCAGGUUGAGUUGAUGCCAAAGAGCUCGAUUUUGGUCUCAUCUGACCACAACACUUUCACCCAGUUCUCCUCUGAAUCAUUCAGAUGUUCAUUGGCACAUUUCAGACAGGCAUGGAUAUGUGCUUUCUUGAGCAGGGGGACCUUGCAGGCGCUGCAGGAUUUCAGUCCUUCACGGCGUAGUGUGUUACCAAUUGUUUUCUUGGUGACUAUGGUCCCAGCUGCCUUGAGAUCAUUGACAAGAUCCUCUCGUGUAGUUCUGGGCUGAUUCCUCACCGUUCUCAUGAUCAUUGAAACUCCACGAGGUGAGAUUUUGCAUGGAGCCUCAGGCCGAGGGAGAUUGACAGUUAUUUUGUGUUUCUUCCAUUUGCGAAUAAUCGCACCAACUGUUGUCACCUUCUCACCAAGCUGCUUGGCGAUGGUCUUGUAGCCCAUUUCAGCCUUGUGUAGGUCUACAAUCUUGUCCCUGACAUCCUUGGAGAGCUCUUUGGUCUUGGCCAUGGUGGAGAGUUUGGAAUCUGAUUGAUUGAUUGCUUCUGUGGACAGGUGUCUUUUAUACAGGUAACACGCUGAGAUUAGGAGCACUCCCUUUAAGAGUGUGCUCCUAAUCUCAGCUCGUUACCUGUAUAAAAGACACCUGGGAGCCAGAAAUCUUUCUGAUUGAGAGGGGGUCAAAUACUUAUUUCCCUCAUUAAAAUGCAAAUCAAUUUAUAACAUUUUUGAAAUGCGUUUUUCUGGAUUUUUUUGUUGUUAUUCUGUCUCUCACUGAUCAAAUAAACCUACCAUUAAAAUUAUAGACUGAUCAUUUCUUUGUCAUUGGGAAAACGUACAAAAUCAGCAGGGGAUCAAAUACUUUUUUCCCUCACUGUAUAAGUGUUCCCUCUGCCCCCCUUGUCCUUGUGGGUGAUUGUUAUUUGUGAGUUGAGUGUAGCUCGGUUGAGCUACCCGUACCUUGUAUUUCCGGGGAUAUUGUUCCCCGUGUGCCUGUAUUUUGUUGACGCUAUCCAGCGUAACUGUGUCCUACGGAAUAAACUCUGUAUUCUGUGAUUUACCCUCCUGCGCCUGACUCCUUCAAAUCACAUUCUCACACAUUCAGGUUAUUCAUGUUUUAUUUUUAUCCCACAUAGUGAGUAGUAUUCAUAUGAGGUUAUUUUCGUUUAUCACCGCGAACAUGGUCUGGAAUAAAGAUAAAGUGAAUCUUAAAUUGAUGUGGUCUGAGACAGCAUUUUAGACGGAAUAGUACGUGUACAACGUCCAUUUUAGGAACUCUAUAGUUGUCAUGCUAAAAUUGUCAAUUGUCCACUUUCACUCACCUCAAAACUCUCACUUAUCUUUUAAUCUGUAUUUUUCUAUCUUUCUCAUCCCCUGUUGCCUUGAACAGAUCUGCAGUCUGAUGCGUGGAGGGAUCGCGGAGAGAGGGGGCAUCCGGGUCGGGCACCGCAUCAUUGAAAUCAAUGGGCAGAGUGUGGUAGCCACUCCUCACGAGAAGAUCAUCCACAUUUUGACUAACGCAGUCGGGGAGGUGAGAGAGGAAUUCAACCCCAACUCAGAAGCACUAGAUUUCACACUGACUUUAAUUUCAUGAAUCCUACUUUCUCUAUGUUGACAGAACAUUAAUCAAUAAGUAAAUUAAUUGGUCAAAGAAAUAUUAGCAUUGUCAUUCAUAGCUGUGUUCAUCCUUCUGAGCAGAUUCACUUGAAGACCAUGCCAGCCUCUACAUAUCGCCUUCUAACGGGACAAGAAACCCCAGUAUUUCUCUGAGAGAAUGGAGGAGAGAAUGCUGCUGCUUCUCUCAGAAGCAAACAAGGAAGAAUACAAUUUUGAA